CUACUUCCUUUCUUUCAGUCUGUCGUAUCAUUCAACCACCCAGGUCUGCUGGUCACAGACUCAGAAUUAGCCCGUGCGAAGAUUAACAUUGCUGCUGGUCUGGACCCCUGGCUGAGCUCAUGGAACGAACUCACCAGCAUUUCCUUCGCGGAUGCUUCGUACCAAAGUAAUGCUGUCAGCGCCAUCUACCGGAGCGCGGACGGUGUUAAUGCCGAAAACGGAGAGCUGUUGUGGCAUGACAUUGCUGCCGCUUUUGCCCUGGGCCUGCGCUGGAAGAUCUCAGGGAACGACUCCUAUGCUGACACUGCCGGCUGGAUUCUGACCUCGUGGGGGCAGACACUCACGACGCUUGGCGGUGGCGGAUCGGACAAAUACCUCACCUCUGGUCUGCAAGGAUACGAGCUGGCCAAUGCUGCUGAGUUGCUGCGCGACUACGAACCCUUCGCUGCAAACUUGUCCAUCGUUACCGACAUGCUGCACGAUGUCUUCCUUCCACUCAACGAGUUGUUCCUCCGGCACGAGGAUCCAGCUGAACACAAUGUACUCCACUUCUUUGCCAACUGGGAACUUGCCAACAUUGCAUCCAUGAUGGCCUUUGGCGUUCUCACGGACAACACUACAGCAUGGGACUUCGCCGUGAACUAUCUCAAAAACGGGACGGGAAAUGGCGCGAUCAAUCAUGCGGUCACGAAUCUUGUCGUGGAACCAGAAACGGGCAAUCUCCUCGGCCAGGGUCAGGAGGAGGGUCGUGAUCAAGGCCACUCCGUGCUUGACUUCCAACUCCUUGCAGCUAUCGCUCAGCAGGCGUGGAACCAAGGCGAGGACCUCUUUGCCUUCAACAACAGCCGUAUUCUCCAAGGUGCCGAAUACUUUGCCCGGUACAACCUGGGUUACGACGUCCCCUUCGAGAACUACACCAACGGUAUAGUGAGCUAUUCGACAAUCAGCAACGCCUCCCGGGGAGCGACACGCCCAACAUGGGAGCUGUUGUACAGCCAUUAUACUGGAGUCAAGGGGCUAGACGCGCCCUGGACAGCGGAGUACUUGAACUAUACCCUCAACGCCUAUGGAGGUUUUGAGGGAGGAGCAGGCUCAUUGGGCGAGGGCUCGGGAAACUACGACGGAUUAGGAUGGGGCUCGUUACUGUACCGU